AAGAAGAAGUCAGUUGCCUAGCGACCAGUGGAAGCAUAAUAGCAGGUAGUAGCUAAACUGUCGGCUAACAAAAGGUGCUUGUGAACCAAAAGAGCCCUUAAAUGCCUCCGAAAAGGCGAGGACCGCUUCAACUCGCACAAAGAGAAGUGGACGAAGUCGAAAGACAGCUUGACAGUCUGGAAAAGAGUGUGAAGAGCCAAAAUGGAUCCAAAGAGGAGGCACUGCAAAGAUGCUACGAGUUGCGAGUUUCUGCAGAAAAGACUCUAAAGACUCUGCAGAAUUUGACAAAGGCUGAUGAGCUGGCUCCAGUGGGAAACUAUGAUCAGAGGAAACUAGAAGAGGAGAGACGUCUGCAAAACAUCUUGGGGCGUCUGGUCACUCUGUCUCUGGAGCUUUCACCACCAGGCCCCAGCACUCAAGCUGGCAAUGUUUCAACAAAAGAUAUUGACAACAAUAGUGACGACGACGACGACAGCGACGAUAAUUUUGAGGAAGACAGUGAUGGUAAAGAUGAAGGGGAUGGAAGUACGCCUGAAAAGUCGCCCUCUCAGUCAGCCCCUCAAAUCUACAAGGUCCUCAGCGAUUUCAAAGCAGAGCAGGAAGGAGAUCUGUCUGUUCGGAAAGGAGAAGUGUUGAAGAUAAUUAAAAAGACGGCAGAUGGAUGGUGGCUGGCUCAGGACAAGAUAGGGAACAGAGGAGUUGUUCCUAAAACCUAUCUGAAGAUUGGCGUUGGUGUUAAUGAUGAGCAUGACAAGGAUUCGGAUGAGAAUUUGGAUGAGGAUGAGGAUGAGGACGAUGACGAAGAUGAUGAAAUCCAACAGUCGGAACAGGAAGAAGAGGAAGAUGAAGAUGUAGAUGAAGAUGAGGCCGACGAUGAAAACAAAACCAAAGCUUCUAACUGGUCAACUUUCAGAAAGGCUCUGACGGAGAUUGAUACAACAGAUGUGCUGUCAGCGAUGGGAGCCAUUCCUUCAGGAUUCAGGCCAUCAACUCUCAGUAAACUCCUGGCAGAAGAAGGGGAGCGAUAUAGAGGAAGUCAUUAUAUUCAACCUGAGCUCAGCCAAUCACAGCUUUCCUUUAAAGAUCUCUUUUUAGACCCAGACACCGGCAGGGUCCGUGCUCGCCAGGUCAGGAACUGUGUUUGUUUUAAUUUGUGGAGCUGCAAGAUGAUUCCCACUCCUGGGGUCGGAGUUCAGGUCCUCAGCAGACACAUCCGUAUGUGUGCUUUUGAUGGAACGCAGCGUAUUUUCCAGGCGUUGAGUAACAUCCACACGGUGAGGGCGUCGUACACCUCAAAGGACCCAAAGACAUGGAACUUCUCUCCGAGGAUGACCAGCAUCUUGCCAACUAUCCUGGACGGAGACUGCUUCCUUCGCUGCAACUCUUUGUCUCCGAACAUUGGAGUUCUUUUUGAACUUGGAGUCACUUUUUUGCGAAACUCGACAGGUGAGAGAGGAGACCUGAGCUGUGGUUGGGCUUUCCUCAAACUAACUGACGACAGCGGAAAUCCACUCCAAAACAGAACCUAUGAACUGCCAAUAAAUGGCGGAACGCCAUAUGAGAAGAAAGUCAUGUUGGAAGCACCCGUUUCGAGAAGAUCUCCGGGUGGCGUUUUUCAGCAGAUGCUCCAGGCCCGACGGCAGCCCAAACUGAUUGUUAAGUUGAAAUCGGCAAGCAGUCGGACCAGACUGCAACUCAGUCUCCUCCCGGACACUCUGCUGCACUGUCUGAGCUGUGUCCACCUGCUGGUCCUGCACCGCCAGCUGCUGGCCGACACGCUGCUCAUGGACAGACCCACCAUGCAGAAUGCAGAUCUUAUAUGCAGUCCAAUACUUUCAACUUUCCCAGUGCUGUUGGACCAGACAGACCUGCUAGAUGCCCUCAGGAGUGCCUGGCUGGAAGCUGAGACCAAUAUGAGCAGAACGCAGAAGCGAGACCUGUCAUAUCUGAAGCAGGAGUUUAGUAAAGUCUACAUGUCGUCGGUGUACUUCCUGCUGCACACGCCCUCUCUGCCCUGCUAUCGCUGGGCCGACCCGCCCUCAGAGGAACAGCGGGCCAGGGUCAUCUACAGCACCUUGGAGGCUCUGAAAAACUCCCAGCAAGCCACCGGCCAAUCAGCAUCCCCAGGAGUCUUUUUUGACUCCUCUCAUUCACACCUUGCUUUCGAUGUCCAGGAGUUGACCUUUGAUCUCCUUUCCGCGAGACGGUAGCGACGACAUCGCCUCCAGGACUAAAACUGCCUGUGAUUGGCCGGGCUGGAUUUAGGAGGAUGCAGCUUUUCUGGGCUGAAGCCACCUUCUACUCAUGUAAACACAAGUGGACUGAUGGUUAUGAACUCGUUGAAGGGUUUUUUUUUAGGCACUGUCCAAAUAAAAAUUAUUUGUUCUAAAACAAUCUGUGUAGGUGUCCAUCCUAAAAUAUUCUUUAUAGACUAGUGGAAAUUGCUAGAAAUAUCUUACUCCAAAAGAAAUGAUCCAAAAUACCAUGACAACCUGUAUGGUGAGGUAAGUACAGAAACUCUUAAAAAAAAAAAACUUGUGAAGCAUCUGCUUAAAUCUUACCAUUACAGGGGUCAGGGUGGGGUCAGGGUGUAGGCAGGGUUACGACAUCAUAGAUUUAAAUAGUUACCUAUUGUUUACAUACAUUGUUUUUUUUUUUUAGCUGUGCUUCUCUAAUAUUUUUACUGGUGUGGUCUGGCCACUCCUAUGGCAUUUUUCUGGGAGUGCUACUGCCAGGCUAUUGUAAAAUGUACUUCAAUUUGUUCCCCCCCCAAAAAUUAAAAUAUGCCAUUUUUGGAUUUUGUAACAGUUUUAAAUGAUAAUAAUAAUAAUAUAUCUAAUAAUAUUCAAUAUUACUAAAAAAAAACAAAAACACAGAAAACAGUUCAUGUUUGCAAUGCUGUUGCUUUUACGUUUAUAUGUUUUCACAAUAAGCAAUUCUUAACGAACCCAAGUAAUAAUCUAAAUUAACAGAUGUUCUUAAAAGAUUUUUCAGCCGGUUUAGUGGCUUUCCUACCAAUAUCCAUUCUUGCGCAUAUUUCAGUGUGAUUGUGUAGAUGGAAUAAAACCACUUUGCAGUAA